AUGGCCGACUUUGCAUCUCGACCGGAAGUGACGGUGGAAACCAUGGGCAAGGUCCACAAUCCCUCUGGACAAGGUGUUAAAGCGGUCUCUUCUCAAGUGAAAUCAAAGAAAUUGAAACAGUUGAACACGGACAGCAACAGCGAGGAAAAGAACGCGUCGGAUGCGGGCCAUGAAACCAAAGUCAAGGAAGGGACGGCGAAACGCAACAUUACGCGCAAAAAGACGGACAGUAGUGCAUCUGGGAACUACGACUCUCGCAACAAGAAACAAGGUGGUCACGGCAAGGGAGAAUGGAAGGAACAUUUGGAACCCAUGGAUCCAGAUUAUCGACCGGCAAUUGAUGAGAAGGAUCCUUUGUAUAACGAAGAAGAACAGGGCUACAUUUUGACCACGGAAAAUGGGGUCAGCACUGCCAAGAAAGGUCCUCGUGGAUACGAUCCCAUUGAAUCCAAAGCCAUCUAUGGACCCAUGUUGACGCUCAGCGAAUUCAAAAUUCAAGUGGCCAAUUGCGUCAAGGAAUACUUUGAUUCUGGUGAUUCCGAUGAAGUCAUUCGCACCCUACUCGAGUUGUCAUGUCAAGAGUAUCACCGAGAGAUUGUCAAAAAGGCAAUCUCAUUGGCCAUGGACAAGGGCCCGCGGGAACGGGAACUUACCAGUCGAUUGUUGACAUCGCUGCAUCCAACGCCCAUGUCCGAUGGCGACAUGGCGUUGGGCUUCGAGAUCCUUUUGGAUUCCCUGGAUGAUCUGCGAACCGAUGUCCCCGAUGCAGAUACCAUGGUGGCAUCCUUCUUGGCACGAGCCGUCGUGGACGAAGUCUUACCCCCUGCCUUUUUGUCAGACCAAAACAACAGUCGACCAGGAGAUCCAGUCAUUGAAAAGGCCGUCACGUUGCUGAGUCGGGAACAUUGCAACGCCCGUCUAGAAAAGGUCUGGGGACCUGGAGACGGACGUCCCGUGGCGGAGCUGAAACAAGAAAUGGAUCAAUUGCUCCAGGAAUACCUCAUGUCGCGAGAACUGGAUGAAGCGGCACGAUGCGUCAAGGAAUUGGGCGCCACACACUUUCAUCACGAAUUAGUCAAACGUGGUGUCAAGAUUGCCAUGGAGUUGGAUGGAAAUGCCGCUCAGAAUGCGGCCGCUCCCCAUGAUUUGAGCAACAUGGAUGCCAUGGCGGCGCUGUUUGCCUUUUUGGUACGGAAUGCUAUUGUGUCGGAAUAUCAGGUCACCAAAGGGGUGGCGCGCUUGCAUUCCUUGCUGGAUGAUUUGUCGUUGGAUGUCCCGGCAGCGCCCAAGCUUUUGAAAGAGUUCGAAGUCAUGGCGGAGGAAGGAGGAUGCUUGGUCAAGCCGCGUCCUAAUCCCAAUGGAGGAGUAGCAACUGCCAAUGGCGAAGCACCCAAGAAUGGGGUUGUCGUAGCUGCAGAAGCCUCCUAG